UCAUAAAAAAAAAAAGGAAUGCUUUUGCAUUAGAGAAAACAAGAAGGUGAAAUGUUCAAUCGUCAUCACCUUUGUGUAUUUGGGCUUUGUUUAUAUGUGUGUUCAGAACUUUCUCGCGGUUAUGCCACCAUUUUCUUUCUCUCAGAAAACUGUUUGUAGCAUUAAUGCCAAAAUUGUAGUGUUUCUUGUAAAAAGUGAAAAAAAAACUAAGAUUGCUUUUGGGAGCUUUCGUGAUUUGUUUAUUUUAACCAAAAUUCAUGUUCUAAAUAGACAUGAGAAAAAAGAGCUUAGCCGGGGUUUCGGACAGAUAAACCAUAUUUCGUAAGCAUUUCUCACUGUUUUUUUUUUCUUUUCAAAGCAUGUGCUCGCGUUCCGUAAGCUUUAGGUGCCUCCAAUAAAUUAUAUGUACUUAAGAAAAAAGAAAGCAUAUUUGGUUCUUCCCCAUGAGGUACAAUCAUUUUCUUACUUAGGAUGGACAGAUUAACUCUCAUGAUCAAGGGAAAAUCCUUAUUAUCAAGAAAUUCGUUCCCCUAGAAACUGAUGUCCUUUCGAAAGAGCGUGAUUCUGUAUCUAAGGGUUCUGGCAUCCGAUUAGCGAAUUCAGGAUGCUGCAUUGUUAAAAAAUUCGUCAAAAAUCAUGUAUGCAAUACUCACAAAGUCAAGAAAGAAAAUAAACAAGCAGUGCAUCGGCAUUGUUCAUUGUCCGCUUUGUGCAUCUAAAAAAAAGUUCUACUUGUGUUUUUUAAUCCCGAUAUCCAAAAUAAAAACAAUUUUUUAUAGCUUACUUAGCUUAACUAUAUUCAUGUUCUUUAUAGAAUUUUUAGAGUUUUAUAACGUGUUGGAUUUAUCGUAUUUUCGCCAGUUCCCUGGGCACCAGCCAAUUUCGUGUAGUAGAAGCCGAAAUGUUCCCCACACGGUCGGCGGCGCUGUGGCCACCGUCCCAUUCCAUGUCGGCCACCGCGCUCUUCCUCCCCGCAAACCCGACGCCCAGUCCAGCCUACUCCCUCCGACAUCCGCCGCCGGCUUCCAACUAUGGAGAACUCCACUUCCGUCUCCGCCUCCCCCGCCAUGCCCGUGCUCGAACCCAUCUCCCCGCCGCGUUCGGGAGGGGAUCGCCUGCGGCCGGGAGGAGAGAGAAGGACUACUACGCCACGCUGAACAUCAGCCGCGACGCCACGCUGCAGGAGGUCAAGGCUGCGUACCGGACCCUCGCGCGCAAGUACCAUCCUGAUAUGAACAAGAGCCCUGGAGCAGAAGAAAAAUUUAAGGAGAUCAGUGCUGCAUAUGAGAUUCUAUCGGAUGAAGAUAAAAGAUCUUUGUAUGAUCGCUUUGGAGAAGCAGGGUUCAGUGGUGAUUACAGAGAUGGAGAUAUUAGCGCACAUGGGGCACCAUCUUCUUUUGAGUUAUGCUGGCGAUUGUUGAUUGAUCCAUAUGAACUCUUCAAUGCAUUCUUUGGUGGUUCUGACCAGCUUUUUGGAGAUAGCACGGGGCUCGGGGGAUUUCAUUAUAGUGCCAAAGUCAAGGACAACAGGGGACUUGAUAUCAGCUAUGAUCUUCUCCUUUCUUUUGAAGAAUCAAUCCUUGGAGGCAAACGAGAAAUCAAUAUUUUUCGCCAUGAAACGUGUGGCACUUGCCAUGGGACUGGAGCUAAAUCUAGCAAUGACAUCACAGAAUGCACUCGAUGCAGAGGUCAAGGCAGGUUGAUGAAAACUCAAAGGACACCUUUUGGUAUAGUUUCUCAGAUAUCUUCUUGCUUAAAUUGUGAUGGCAGAGGGAAGGUGAUUACUGAACAUUGCACAAGAUGUAAUGGUUCAGGCAAUGUCCAAGUUGAACGCAAUAUCAAAGUAGACAUACCUGGAGGUAUUGAUGAUGGCUCCGCCAUUCGAGUUAGUGGAGGAGGUAGUGUUGAUAAGCAAAGGGGUGCAAGUGGUGACCUGUACAUAUUUGUUCGCGUUCAUGAGAAACAAGGCAUCCGCAGAGAUGGUCUCCAUUUGUACUCAGAUGUCACAAUUGAAUAUACUGAUGCAAUUUUAGGAACUACAGUGAAGGUUGAAACAAUAGAAGGAUUCAAGGAUCUUCAUAUUCCUCCUGGCACUCAGCCUGGAGAGAACUUGAAAUUUUGUCAACUGGGAGUUCCUGACAUUAAGAAGCCUAAUGUCAGAGGCGAUCACAACUUUGUGAUAACAGUGAAGAUCCCGGAGAGUAUCAGUGACCGGGAACGUUCACUAGUUGAAGAGCUUGCCGCACUAAAGGAAGCUCAAAAUAUUUCAGUUCCAGAAACUACAAACAUAGGAAAUUUUCAGAAGAGAAACCCUCAUCCGUCCACAAGGAGGAAAGGAUCAUUCUGGGGAUCUAUCUGGAAUUAUUUCAGGAAUGAUGAAGGGGAUCAGAGAUUUGCUUCGAUCACUGUACAACCUGUUAUUCCACGUUGGACUUCUCACCGAGGAACUCAUCCUGCUGCUCCCUCGUUGUUAAAAGGAUUCCUCAUCCUCACAGCUUUCUUGUUUGUGAUAAGCAGAAUCAGUAAACUCAGGUUGUUUCGGAAGCGCCAUGACCGUCCAACUCAAGCUAAUGUAGCCGCAGAGGCAGAGUGAACUUGUUUCAACAUUUAGCGUUAGCGUGACAUAUUGGUGCGUAUUUUUGCGGAACAAAGCUCUUUGUGCUGGGAAAAAGUGCUGUUCGUAGUGGAUGCUCUCCCGGCAUAACUGCAUAAGCAUAACAGUAUGUUCGACAGUGACAGAGAAAGGUAGAACACUAGUACACUACUGGUACGUGUGGAAGAAACUAGCAGCAGUUUUGAAGAAAGCGAGAGGAAAGACAUGGAGGAACAUGGCCGUGGGUAAGACCGCCAAGUUCUUCUGAUAUCUACUGUAUUCCUUGUUGUGUACAUACAUUUGUGUAAUCUUCAACUUCAAGGCUCUUUUUGUGUGUAAAACAUGUUAUGGUCAGCCUGCCUGAUUUAUUCUGUAAA